AUGCCCGGCUUCGACUUCAGCAACUACAACCGCAAUGCCGCUCUGCAUGCACGAGGAGUGCCUCUGCCAAAGGCGACAAGUACCGGUACUACCAUUGUAGGAUGCAUAUAUGACAAUGGAGUUGUGAUUGCAGCAGACACAAGAGCAACGAGUGGUCCUAUCGUCGCCGACAAGAAUUGCGAGAAGCUACAUUUCAUCUCUCCCAAUAUCUGGUGCGCAGGCGCAGGUACUGCCGCAGAUACCGAGUUCACCACCGCUCUGAUUUCCUCCAACCUCGAACUUCAUUCUCUAUCUACAGGCCGAACUCCACGUGUGGUUACGGUUAUGACGAUGCUGAAGCAACACCUAUUCCGCUACCAAGGUCAUAUUGGUGCAUAUCUGGUUGUAGCAGGUGUCGACCCUACGGGCGUGGGAUUGUUCACGGUUCACGCCCAUGGAUCAACAGACAAACUUCCUUACGUGACUAUGGGCUCAGGAUCGUUAGCAGCCAUGGCGGUAUUCGAAUCAACGUGGAAAGCGCACUGCACAAGAGAUGAGGCGAUUAAGGUCUGCUCAGAAGCCAUCAAGGCCGGUAUCUUUAACGAUCUGGGCUCUGGAAGUAACGUCGACGUGUGUGUGAUUGAGAAGGACAAGCCAACUCAGUUACUGCGCAACUACAUCAGGCCGAAUGAUCGUGUCAACAAAGAGCGCAACUACAAGUUUGCAAGAGGCACGACUGCUGUUUUGAAUGAAAAGGUGAUCACCAAGGACGAGAUCGGCCGCUAUGUGACGGUACAUGAGAUCGGUACCGGAAGCGACUCGGACAGUUUAGUGGUGGUGGAAAAGAUGGAUGUGGAUGAAAUAUAG